CACUCCUCUACCGGCCGGCGUACGCCGACGACGCCGACGGGCACAGUAGAUAGCUAGAUAUAGGUAGCUAGCGAGCGAGCUUGGCAUGGGUGACACUGGUGCGAACAUGUCUCCCUGGGGCGGGGUCUACAUGAGCGGCGGCGGCGCGCCGGCGACGACGGAGGCGACGGUCGUGACGGCAGCGGUAGCGGCAGGCGGGUCGGUGUCGAGCCCGACGUCCGGCGGGUCCGGUGGCGGUAGCCCGACCCGCGCGCAGCAGCCCGGGGUCGGGAGGGUGGAGGGCGGGCGCGUGGGGAAGCCCGCGCGGCGGCGGUCCCGCGCGUCCCGCCGCGCGCCCGUCACGCUGCUCAACACGGACACCUCCAACUUCCGCGCCAUGGUGCAGCAGUUCACCGGCAUCCCGUCGGGGCCCUACGGCCCCGCCGGCCCCGGCGGCGGGCCCGUGAUCAGCUUCGGCGGGGGCGGAGGAGGCGCCGCCGAUUACGGCCCGCAGCUGGUGCGCCCGUCGCCGACGUCGGCCGUCAUGUCGUUCGACCACCAGCUGGCGGCGGCGGCGGCGCACGCGCAGCACCGGCCCACGGCGACGUCGCUGCAGAACCAGCUCUUCAGGCCGCAGCACCAGCAGUACGGCGGUGACGUCGGCUACGGCAUGAUGCACGGCGGCGGCGGGGACGGCAUGGCGCCGUCGUUCUUGCACGGCGGGUUCGAGUCGUCCUCGGCGGAGGACCGGCUGCUGCUGCAGAGCAUGAUGCAGGCGGCGCAGACCACGAUGCCCACCGCUGGUCGCCCGACCUCCACUAACAACGGCAAUGGCUACAACUUCGGCUGAUCGAUCGAUCCGUCGAUCCCUCAGCCAUCACCACCACACAAUCAAGGUAAUUAAUAAGCUGUCACUUUAUGAUCAGAGUUCAGAGAUAGAACCAAGAAGGCCAUGGUGUUAUUUGCUCGUCGAUCACGAGCUGAUGAUGACGACGACGAUGAUGCGCGUGUUCUUGUUGCUGCUACUUAAGCAGUUAAAGCAUUAAUUAUUUUGUUAUGUUUUUGCUGGCCUUGCACAAGGCUAGCUAAUUAAGGUUUAUUAGUACUACUAGCUUAAGCAGUUAAGCAGUAAGUAAUUAGUAGUGGUAGUAUUAGCUUGCUUCUUUAACUAGCUAGAAGGAGUUAAGCUAGGUAGUAGAUGUGAAAUGAAAACAAGGGACGAUGAUGUAAAUAUUUUUUUUUGGGAUAAAAAACGAUGCAGAAGUUUAAUUUGGGGCCGUCGUCGGCCUUCGUCUGGUUGGCGCGCGUGCGCUUUCGGUGUGUGUAGUGCAGCUGAUAGCGAGGAAUCUUUCUAGAUUGCCUUGCUUCGGAAGCAAAGUCCAAGAGCGCUUCUCUCUCCCUCUACUUGUACUGCUGAUUAAUUAUAUUAUAUUAUUAAUUAUUAAGUCCCGCCGCUAAUUACUCGCACGUUGAUCAAAUGAGUGUGGCAUAUCAUAUAUGCUUGUCUUUUACAAUGUUAUUAUGAUUACGCUAUGCAUGGAUUGAUCGGGCUCCAAUUGUAUGAUUCUUGAUAUCUCUUGCAUUCUUCACACGUUGGGCACUAUAUUAUAUGAUAUUCUCACAGUUUGUGAUUAGUGAAAAGAAAAAACACCGUGACUCUUGAGAUUCUCUACAUGUGCAUCGGAUAGUAGACUGUACGACGCAAUGCUUCUUCUCCAUUGACCUCGUCAACACACCAGCACAUAUAUCUCUGACAAGCAAUGUAUUACUGCUUCUUCCGUUUCAUCAAAGACGUGGUUUUGACUCGUUACUGUAUUUAGUUUAGAGCAAUAUACUCUCUGUUGUACUAUAACAAUGUUUCUGCCGAUAAUCGUAGCCAUAAGACCGUGUUUUUCAAAUAUGAGUUUUAUGAUAUCACAUUUUGCAUGACAAAUUAAGCUUACGUCUUUCAAUUGUUUCAUUGAAAUUUAGCUUAUGCUCAUAUUGAUAACUAAAAAUAUCGUGAAAUGAAAAUAUUGUUCUUUGUUGAAAAAUAUUGUUGAAGUAAUGCUACAAAUUAGAGUGUUUUUAUACAAGUUUGAUGUUUAAAUUUAGAUUGUGUGCCUGUUUUAUUUAUUAUUAAAAUAAACUAGGCUAGUGUUUGGUUCAGGAAAGGUGGAGUCAAACCCUUCAGUCAUUUCCAAUUAAACAUUUGAAAACUUAAAUUUCAUCGGUGUUUAUUGAACUUGUUCCAAGUUGGCAAGUUCUCAUCCCAAUAUUUGCAAAUUGCAUUCUCAGUUCACUAAACUUGUAAUGAGUCUCAUCCCGGUCCUAAUACAUGCAGAUUGCACACUCGGCUCCUUAAACUUGUAGUGAGUCUCAUCCCAAUAUUUAUUAUACCAUCCCGAUGGUUUUAGUGGGAAUUUACCAACCGUUCUCAUCAUUUGUUGGGUCUAGGUCAUAUGUCUUUUUGUGUCAUGUCCUUGUAAUUUUUGUUGUUCUCAUAUUUAUAGCCAUAUGUGCCAUUCCCUUCUCUUCAUCAGCUCUGUCUCUCCCUCUAUUAUGUGCACUCGUGCCUUCCUCUUCCCCUAAUCCUUGCCAUGGCAUUGAGCUCAAGUAGUUCUUUGCUAAGGCUGCAGCGGAGGCUGCAUCGCCUUUGGUCAUGCGUGCGAUUGAACUGUAGUUGGAGGAGGGUGAUGGAGCUUUCCCCUAAUCCUUGCCAUGGCAUGAGCUCAAGUAGUUCUUCGCUAAGGCUACGACGGAGGCUGCAUCGCCUUUGGUCAUGUGUGCGAUCAAACCGUAGUUGGAGGAGGAUGAUGGAGCUGACAUAGAAGGCGAUGGACCACCCAAACCAAAUAUUUUUCCACAUGUUUGAAUGUUUGGGUUUUGUUUGAUUUAAUUCAUUGUGUUGAUUUUAUGAAGGCUUCAAUUGCAAAACCCAACAGGUAUGAACCGCAGUGCAAGCCACAUCGGCAUGAAGAGAUGAGUGAGAAGGGAGGGGGUUUGGACCGAUAUGGUGAAGUAAUAUGGGUUGAGAGAGCUGAGUCUACGAUUCUUAGUAUCACAAGAAGAAUAGGAACUUAGAAUAAGUCUAAUCAAGUAUAAUUUUUUGCAAGUAUUAGGACUAGAAUAAAUACUCAUGAAAAUCAAUAUAGGUGUAUUUGGUUCCAUGGCUUACUUCUAGCCUGGCUAGGAUCGAAGCCUAUGCAACCCAAGCCUCGUCCAGCAAACCAAUGUGUAUUUAUGUGGUUGUAACAUCAUCUAUGUUGGUUUGUUUGGUUUACAUUGCAUACAAUUACUUCUUCUCCAUUUUGGUAAGACUACUCCCUCUCAGACAUUUCGUCGAACACCUAGUUUGCAUGCUCGUCGAUGUGGAGCGGAGCCACAAGCAGGGGGGACCGGCUGGCAACCAUGGGCGAGGUUGAUGCUGCUGAGUGGUCCAGAGGAGUUUGCCGCGCAUCCAAGCCACGACAUUGUAGCUGAGCGGUGCGACCGAGUUCCAUUCACAAGCUCCUCGACAACUCGACCUCUAGAUGUGCGAGCUCCUGGAACCUCGCCGAAGCAGCAGCAAAUGGAGGCACGACGAGCAUGACGAACGAGUGAAGGUGUGUGGUUGUCCUACUUCAUGUCAGGGGUGGCCUGAGACCAGCAACGAGACCAGUCAUCCUACUUCGCGUCAGGAGAGGAGCACCAACAUAAGAA